AUGUCGUACUUCACUGUUUACCACGGCAACAAUGAGGCGACCAUGUUUAAUGCCGAGUGUGCGACGGGUGCACUUGUGAGCCGCAUGCUUGAGCUGCUGCUGCCGAACGUCAACAUCUACACACGGCUGGAGUUGGUGCCGCUCACUUUUGUGCUAGAGCAGUUCAAGCCUCCAGCAGGCAGCUGCGUCACAAGUGCGGCCAAUCGCAGUGGGCAGCAGCCACAUGACGCUGCAUUUGAGACGAAUACCACGUCAGCCAGGACAGUGCCAUUUACUGGCAACAUUCCCCUCUUGGGACUUGCCACGCGACCGGUUGAGAGUUAUGCAGACACCCUCCUCGGUGGCGCGACGACUGCGGCACCAUCACCCUCCGCAGCAUCCUCCUCUGCUGCUACUGCUGCUGGCGGUGGCGUUUCGAAUGCUGCGGCGGGCAGUGCUGGCGGCAUAUCGGGCGCACCGUCAGUGUCGCUUCAGAACUGCUAUGUGCUGCUCGGGUGCCGCCACCACCAUCACCAUCAGCCACAGCAAAUACAAGACUCUACAAACACUCCCGCAACAACUGCGUACACAGGAGGGAGUAGAGCAAGUCCAACGGCAAUUCGACGGUUGGGCGGCGUCGAUGCCAUCGCCAUGGAGCAUCGCACCGCCGUGCUUCGCCGCGCGCAGAUAAUCGCGGCGGUCCCUAUUGUGGCACCCAUCGGACGCGGUGCCGGCGCGUCAUCUACCGCUGGUAAGGCCUCCGCAUCGCAGCAGCAGCAGCAGCAGCAGCAGCAGUCUGCAUUAGGGGCAGGUGGCACUCAUGACGCUGCGUUGCUCCUCGCACACAACAACGGUCUCACACUCAGCGGCCCCAGCAGCGCGCCAUGGCGCAAGGCAUUCGGUCAGUUCCUCACCACUCUCUUAUUGCCGCCCACGAAUGAGACCACUUCCAGCGCCAACGCCACAGCAGAAUUGGACCGACUGCAAAACCUUUCUACCACCAGCCCGCCCUCCCAAGCAUUAUACGAAAAAAUGGGCUGUCCGACGCUCUUGCCAGCGGUUGCCACGGGACAGUUCAACAAGCCAACACCACCGAUCACCGGAUACGACGUUCUCUGGCGCAGUCCACGCGGUGAGCAUCUGCGCCUGCAAACCGCACUUGAUGAGAGGGUAGUUACCGACAUCGACACCAAAAAGAAGCGGCCGAAAAAGUCGUAA